GUGCUGAAUAAAGUUGCCUUUGUACCUCGUCUGAUUACAGGGAAGUUAAGUGAAGGAGAGACUUCUAAAAUGACAGGCGGCAUAGGCGACAGUUCAGGCAAGGUCCUAACCCUCGAUGAUCUCAUCGAGGCGAUGGACAAGCGGGAGAGAACGCCAAGGAGUGUCCCCAAAGUCGACACCUUCCACUUCAAUGGGGAACGAGUCUCUGAGUGGCUGAACCUAGUGGAGCAAGCCUUGGUGGGAGUAUCAGACGGGACGAAAUUUAAACGCAUUAUGCAGUAUGUGCUUCAUAAGCACCAUCCGGAAGUGCAGAAGGUGGUCGACGACGCUAACGGCGACUGGGCUAAAUUUAGGGAAGGGAUGCAACGGAAGUACAGGCUGGGAGACGGCCUGCUGACUAUGGCGGACCUAGAGGCAAUGAAUAGGGACGACUUCACCACCAUUGGGGCAUUCCUGCAAGAAUUCAAAAAGAAGGCGAGAAAGGUACAUGGGAUAUCAGAGGAGGCGCAGUGCGCCGUCUUCCUGGGACUGCUCACCCCAUCUGAAACAGUUGAGCUAACAAGCCAUGGGGGAGGAAAUGCCAAACUUACCUGGGCCACCAUUGACAGAGGGGUGGAGGUUGGAGGCCUAGAUCAGGUCAAGCAGCACCAGGUGAGGCUGCAGAGGCAGAAAUGGAAGGACAGGGAUGCGGUUGGGUCGCCAGGAUUAAAGAAGAUCAUAACCGACGUAUUAGCAGGGCUAGACCCGGUGAUACAGCGGAAGGUGACGGCGGCAUUCCAGGAAAAGGGCAAGGGGGCCGUGGUAGAGGAGGCUACCCAGGAAGGAUGGGAAGAGGAGGAGCCGAUACUGCCAUACCUUACGAAGGCGCAACGUAAGCAGCGCAAUCUAGCACAAGGCGGACAAGGGUCAGGAAAGGGUCAGACGCCUCAAGUAGUGGUAGCGGCAUCUCCGAGUUCGUCCGGGCCAUCAAGUAGUGCGGGCCCAUCGCAAGCAUCAGUGCCACCAUUUGGGCACUGGCYGUGRCCCCUAAUUAAUACCUAUGUACCCUGGGGUGGCCCAGCGCCGUCUGGACAGGUAAUACCCUAUGCUGGGCCCCAGGCAACAUGCGGGAAUUACGAAGUGGUUACCUGCCGGAACACUGGGCCAAGGAGUCUCAGGAACAGACCCAACCCUGGCUCGUUCACGAUUGAGGAGUCAGAAGACGCACAUCGGAGGCUUAGGGCAGAGCCCGAGGAGGAAGUAGAAGGUGAAGCCUUCUCGCUCAGCCUGUCGGAUGUGGGAAAGGCCAUGGAUAUAGUGGCCAUGCACGAGAUGGCCGAUCCGGAUGCCAUUCAGGCGUUGAGGGAGCAGGUUCUAGAGUAUCCCCAGAUAGGAGAAAUGAAGUUGGUCUACCGGCUUCCUAAGGGGGGAAUGGAUCCGGCGGUGGCGCAGGCACAGGCACGAGCGGCAAAGCAAUUAAGGAAGCUGGUCUGGCAGGAUCAGGAGUGGACCUGGGGUGAGGAUCAGGAAGAGGCUGUGGCCAACAUGAAAGAGGAGUUCCGGGAAGGAGGAUUGGUGCUGGGAGCGCCCAAUUAUGAUGCUACGGAGACGAGACCAUUCAUUGUGGAGACCGAUGCAGGACCGACGACCUUGGGUGGAGUUCUAAUCCAAGCAGACGUCAAGGGGAAGAAGAGGCCGUUGCGCUUUGAGAGUCGCACGCUAUGUAGCCAUUGUAUGGUGGAUGAGGUACGGACAAUAGAGAAGGGCCCGGACAGGGUAAAACGUCACGAGGAAGUAAUGGAAGGAAUGUACCUCCUCGUCAACACGCUUCUGCAGGAGUCCCUUGAUUUGGAAAACUCGCUAAAUCUAGCCGAAGGAAGAGAUACUAUUUUGGAGAGUCAGGAUGACGAGUUUGAAGAGGGAGAGAUCAAGGAGGCAUUCCGCGCAGAGGAGUAUGAAGGGAUUUACCUAGAGCUGGGACUUCUCUUAUCCUACGAGAUGCGUGAUAGAGAUGCAAGCCAUAGGGCGCAGAUGAUGAGGGAUCGCUACCUAGUAAGGGACGGUCAUCUCUUUGUAAGAAGGAAAGUUGGGAACCCCAGGCGGGUGGUAUGUGGUCGCAACCGUCAGAUCGACGUCAUAGCAGCACUUCACGAUGGCAUUGCAGGCGGACACCGGGGAAUUACUGCCACAUAUGCCAAAAUAAGUGUGCUAUACUACUGGGACGGGAUGAUGGAGAUGGUUAGGAAAUUUUGUCGUUCCUGUGUGCCGUGCUUGGAGCAGUCUCGUCUAAGGCGAGGAGAGCCACUGCAUCCGAGGCUGGAGAGAGAGUUCGAGGUCGUAGUACACCUCGACUUAUUGUUCAUGCCCCUUGGAGAUCAUGACUACAACUAUAUCUUCGAUGCGCGCGACAACCUAUCUGGCUUCAUAGAUGGACGGGCAAUCCGUACGAAGACUGGGUCAGUUCUGGUCAGCUGCAUCGAGAAGUAUUACAUACGCUACCCGUUCGUUAGGGAAUUCAUAAUGGAAAGGGGGUCGGAGUUCACCUGUCAGGAGGUGCAAGAGCUGCUGUCAAGAUAUGGGGUAGUGGGCGCGAUUGCGGAAAGGGUCCAAGAGGCAUCCGACCAGGUAGAGAGGAGCCGUAUGGACGAUAAGGCUUGCUGGGACCAGUCGGCUCAUGUAAGAAAGGUACCUUUGGUAGUUAGGGACGUCGUGCUCUUGUAUGAUUCAUCCCUGGAAAAACAAUGGUCCAGGAAGCUGGACAAGAGGUGGUUAGGUCCCUAUCGGAUCGUGCGAUGCAGAGAGUUCGGCGCAUACCAGAUCGAGGAGCUGAAUGGAACAGAGUUGAAAGACUGGGUGUCAGGGACGAUGUUGAAGAAAUUCGUGGCCAGAGAAGAGUGGAGAGAGCCGUCGAUGAGUGAGAGGCGCAUUGGGGCCAUCGCGGAAGUACCACAAGAGGACGUUCCAGACCCUAAACGAGAGGAGGGGCCGAGUGCUACAAAAGGCCGGAUUGGGGAUGAGAUCAUAGACGUUGAGGAGGACACUCCCCCUCAGGGACCAGCCGUGGGGCUGAGGCUCGGUAGUCCACCCGAGAACCCGCCAGAUACGAGGAAGGAAGUACAAAGGGGGGAAGUCUCGCUCGUGGUGCUCGAGAUGGGCCUAUCGCCAACGGGAAUGGAGGCAAGUGAGGCUGAGAAGGCCAGUCUAAGGAGGGAGGCAGACAAUCUGAUUGAUAACCAUCUGGCCGCCACCGCUCUAGAGCAGUCUAAUCUAGAAGAGGUCAUACCUGGGGAGCCACCCCAGGGACCGGGUCAGGCCGAGAGAGAGGUGGAAACAGGAAUCCCGGGGGAAGUCGAACAUCAUGCGGUAGAGGAAGUACUAGGAAAGGAAACGACUAAGGAGAAGCGGGCUAGAGUGGCAAGACGCUGGGAGGAAAUCCGGCAGGAGGGACAAAGAUUGGAAGCGGCUGGGGUACUCCCAAGCCCGCCACCGCCCUACAAGCCAUAUGGGCUCCGGGAGAUGUGGGGAGAGUUUCUUGCUCGUCAUGGCGAAGGGUUGACGACCCCAGGCAAGGUAGAGGUCGAAACCUCACAGAGAGCUGAUGAGUAUUUGGAUCAGAGGAUUCGCUCCGUAUCCAAGACCUCCUUCAAUAGGUAUAUGAUGUUGGAGGCGGAUCUGAGAGGGAAGGAGCUGAAGGAAGCAGGGCUGGAGUCACGGUUGGGGACCCUUGAGGCAAAAGUCCGUGAGCUCAGGGCUCUGGUGACUAGCCAGGCCGCCACCAUCCUGGAAUUGAGGAAGCAACUUCAUGGCAGCAAGGAUGGGGCGGAAGGCAGCAGGCCAGGGGGGCAGAGUCAACCGGGACAUGGCGUAUCAGAGCAACCAGCUGUGGCUGAGCCUCAACAAGAGGCACCUAUGCGAAGAGUCAUUUUGGAGCCUGAGGAGGCAGAGGCCAAGAGGAAGGCUGAGAGGGAAGCCUUCGAAUUCAGAGCCCCUACGGAACUUGCGGUGCUACCCACGAUGGCUGCAGACCCUGCCAUGCCACCGUCACUUGAGGAGAGAAUGCCCUCAGCCAGUGAUGAGCCUCCCCAAGGCUCGACAGGAGGGUCCUUGGACGUGCUACUGGAAGCAGUCCACUCUAUGCAGGAGGAUGUUGGCUUGUUUUCACCAGAGUCCAAGUUGGAAGAGCCCCUGGAGAGCGAGAUGGGAAGUGUAAUGGAGGGCAUCCUCGCAGGCAGGCCCCAGAGGUUGGAUACUCCUGACUAUGAGCCAGAGGGAGCAAGGGCGCAACUAGGGCCCAAUCCGCGAGAGUCGGAGGCAGGAUCUGAGAGACCCAGAGAUGUGCCUCAGUGCCAUGAGUUGGACGGAGAAGCCAGGGAAACCCCAUCGCCAGCAGGGCCCCAGCGGAAGAAGAAAAGGCCUAGGAAGUCUUUUGACUCGACCUGCUUCUAUUGUACGAAAGGAGAGCACAGGGCAUUGCAGUGCCUCAAAUUCCUAAAGGACCAGGCAGACGGGAAGGUCUCGGAGUAUGAUGGGAAGAUGUAUGAUAGGCAGGGUAGAGUGGUGGAACGAGCUGUAGAUGGGGGUAGAGCUCAGUUGUACAGGCAGAACCAGGAGGAGAUGAGUGAGUAGGGUCUGGUUCACCUGAUUAAAAACUGGACAUUUCUUUGACGAUUUUGCUAUUACUUAGGCAGGAUGGACGCCUACGACGUU